UCCCGAUGGGUGUGAUGCAACGGCUCCGGUAAGCCUCCGCUUGGCACCACCCUGGCACUUGUCACCGACAGCCAUUGGCCAGGGUGGGUGUCCCUGACGCCUGCCCACCCCCAUGAGUCAUUUCUUAUCGUCGUUUCAUGUUCUAAUUGUAAUCAGCGGGGCCACACUUAGGCAUCCGAUGCGGACUCCUCGUAUGUUCGCCGCAUCCACCCGCACUUGCACCAUGGUCUAGCGUGUGCGCACAAAAAGCAAUACAAAUUAAUAAGCAGUAGUAUCCACAUAUAUCUUUCCCGGUUUGCCAUCGAAAUCGUCUACCACUAAAGUUUUUUUUUAGCAGUACACCAUGACUUCGGUUGUAUUGCCCUCCUUGAAAAGAUCUAUCACCGACAUCAUGGACGAGGAGCUCUACCAGUUGCCCAACAGCCCCAUCCAGGUCAACUCCUUCCAACACUCGCAUCUCCCCUCCCAGCAACUUGCCAGCCAACCCCAAAGAAGCGACUCGCCUAAGUUGGGGUUCAACGGCUCGCCCGCUGCUUCCCAUGCCCAGUUGUACUCGCAUCCCAACACCAGCAACAGCUCCAGCUUGUCCAACUUCCUCAACAUCCCUGACAGUUUCUUGGAUUACAAACACAACCCCGCUCCCAACACUUCUGCCCCCGUGUAUGACUCAAACGCUAUGGACGUGGACAUGCAAUACUCCCAGCCAAGAAUCAAUCCCUUCACCGACUACGCCAACCCCGACUCCUUGAACACCACUCCUCCUCAAGACUCGCAACUUUACUACCCCCCCUUACCACAGCAAUUCCCAACCAAGCCCGACAGGAGGAGAAGGAUAACCUUCCUCGACGAGGACCAGGCCAACAAUAAGAAGGACGACGACUACUUGCUAUACAACCCCGAUAUCCAACCAUCGCAGUUGAUCAACAACAAGUUCUGGAACGACGACUUGUCGCCCUUGUUUGUUCCUCCUAACCAGUUCAACCAGGCUGGAAACCCGAAUGACUACUCACAACAGUUCUUGAAUGCCAACAACAACAUAAUACCCGGUUACGAAAACGAUUACUUGUCGAUGGAUGCUUUCGAUGAGGAUGUCGAAGAAGAAUUAUCCGAUGAUGACGAAGACGAUAGCAAAUAUUUCCACGUUGAUGACGAAUUUGACCAAUUGGUUAUGAAUCACAAUGGGGAAAACUAUAAUGAAACUGAUGUGAACAUGAACUUUAUGGAUUUGGAUGACUACUUGAAGCCUGCUACCAAUACUGUGAAUAUGAGCAAUAUCGAACAACAAGGCUUGAAUGCCAACGAUAUCAAGCAUGAAGAUUUCUUCAACAUCAAGCAAGAAGAACUCAAAGCUCCAAACGCAAUAAUAUCCAGUAACACUCAGCAAGAAUCACUGAACAUGGAAGAUGAUCAGCAGUUCUUGUCUGAUGAAGAUGAGGAUGAGGAAGAGAAGAGUUUGAAUACUAGAGUCUCCCUUCCUCACAUGUCGGCAGCAGAAAUAUCUGCCAACAACCCCACACAUGCUUGUGAUUUGAUUAAUCCAUCUACUGGUGUACCAUGUCACAAACAAUUUUCAAGACCAUAUGACUUGAUCAGGCAUCAAGAAACAAUUCAUGCAAGUAAGAAGAAGAUUUUCAGAUGCGUUAUCUGUGAAGGAAGAAUGAACGGAGGUGCAGGUAAUGGAAAACUGAAGACAUUCUCCAGAGGCGAUGCGUUGUCAAGGCAUAUUAAAGUCAAACAUGGUUUGGUUGGAAAAGAAGCCUUGGACCUAAUCAACGAGGCCAAGGACAAUGUCGAGUACGUUUCCGUUUGAUCCAUCCCAUCAAAUCGAAUUAUGAAUAUCCUUUAUGCUUACGACCACAUACCCAAUGCUUAUGCGUUUUAAUAUCAUCACUUAUAAAUAGCCAGAAUACUGUUGGUUUCUCUACCCCUUAUAUAUAGAGUUUGCGAAUAUACCUGUACAUAACUUAUUGUUCAUACGAGUAUGGAGUACAAUAAUAUUCAGAUUGCAAGCCAAAUAUAUGAUAUUUAA